AUGGCAGCCUUCAAGGGAAACGACAUCUUCCCUCAAAACCCCUACCACAUUCCUGGCUACGGGGGCUACGUUCCUCAGUUCACCUUCAGGUUUGGGGACACCUACGGCAGAACCACCCACAGGUUGCUGCUAGAUCCCACCAUCAGUAAGAGCUCUCGCUCCCUGCUGGCACCACUGGACAACCAGGAAAACCUCCUUGAGCUCCAUUACCACAUCGAUCAUCCAGGAUAUGUCACCUACCAGCCCAUCGAAAGCCCUCCUGAAGUACCCCUGGGGCCACAGCCUGUCAGCACGCCGGCGCUGGAGGAGCCCAUGAUGACCCACAUGGACCCCAGGCACUGGCAGUGCCCCCCUGGCACGCCUGUGCCCGGUGUCCAGCAGAGCUGGCUGCCCCAGGAGCCCAUGAUGACCCCCACGGACCCCAGGCACUGGCAGUGCUCCCCAGACACGGCUGUGUCCGGUGUCCGGAAGGUCUGGGUGCCCCCGGAGCCGCUGGCCCUGCACCCCGCCGCCGAGGAGAUGGAGAGGGAGGUGGCCGAGCCCCCCCUGGCCGGGUACGCUGGAUUCAUCCCCUGCAUCACCGACACCGUGGGCAUGACCUUCAUCCCGUCUGUGAACAAAGCCAUGAAGGAAUUCGACCGACGCCAGCUUUUGGAGAGAAAUCCACCUUAUACGUUGGGCACGAGAUUCCCCCUGACACACUGGCCAGACACCAAAAUUUACAGCCGUGCUGGACUCAUCCCUGCCUACGCAGGCCAUGUACCACACCUGCAGGACAUCUGCGGGCUCACUUACGGGAACGGCACGCGGGAAUCGUACCGGUGCGAACAGAGGAGACGGGGACGUGCACUGUGA